AUGGAUUUGAUCGAUGACCGCGCCGUACUCGACGAUGAUGACGAUGAAGAAUCCUUUGAUGAAGAGACUGGCGACAUCAAACAAAAGUCAAACGGAAGCAAGCCACGAUUUGAAGACUCCUCUGAAGAGGAAGAUGACGACGAUGACGAGGAAGCGGCCAAAGAGGUAGCCGAAGGUUUUAUUGUCGAUGAAGAUGAAGACGAAGAAGAAGCACGACGAGAACGGCGGCGCGAACGCAAGAAACGUCGCCGUGAAGAACGCGAUCGAGAGGACGAAGGCCUCGAUGAGGAAGAUCUGGAAUUGAUUGGCCUCAAACCUACAGAAGAAGCUACGGAACCCAAAUUCAAGAGACUGAAACGUGGGCCUCGAGAAGAACGAGAAACGCAACGUACUUAUGGCAUCAACGACAUCUUUCGUGAUUCGGAUGAUGAAGAGGAGACCGAUCCAUACGCCCAAAGAGCUCGGCAAGGGAGGAGAGGUGGACAAGACGACAUGGAAGGAUUCAUUAUAGAUGACGUCUUUUCCGAUGAUGAGCAACAGCGGCAACGUGAGGAUGAAGAAGUCGCCCGCCCUGCCCGACGAGGCCUUCCAGACCUUGGUAUUGCGGAUGCAGCUGGCCUUGACGAAGCUGCCUUGGAUGAUUUCCGCGCGGCAUUUGGCGACGGAACAGACUACGACUUUGCAUUGGUGAAGGAAGACGAAGCAGAUGAAGAGGAGGCUAAAAAGGACAAACAUCUCGACCUGAAAGAUGUCUUCGAACCCUCCCAACUGGCAGAGAGAAUGUUGACUGACGAAGACAAUCUUGUUCGAGGCACAGACGAACCCGAACGACAUCAGCUCGCCAGAAAGCCCUACCGUCACAUCGAGCUUACAGUGGACGAGUUCAAAGAGGAAGCCACCUGGAUUUCCAAUUUAAUGUUGCCGGAAAAGAACCUUGAUCCGUCUCUAAAGGAGCCAUUCGCCAAUGCAAUAGGCCAAUCCCUGGAAUUCAUGGUCCGUGACGAUUUUGAGCCACCAUUCAUCUACAACAACCGCAAAGACUAUUUGAUGCAUGUCACCUCGAAGGUGGUCGGUAGAGAUGAGCAUGGAAAUCCGCGAACUACCUCUGACGCCAUAAAACUCCUGGUUCUCCCAGACUUGUGGAAAAUCUUCGAGUGGGAUUUAAAGUUCCGAGCUUUAAUUGAAAAGAGACGAGCAUUGCAAAAGACUUACGAUGAUCUCAAAACGACAAGCAUCCCUGAAGAUGCCACAUUUGAAGAGAUGCUUCCGACGGCAGCCACUAUGGAGGAAUUGCAGGAUCUCCAGGAUUACCUGUUCUUCCAAUACGCAUCACAGCUGAAGGAUCUUGCGUUGACCGCCAAUCACAAUGGAGUUGCCAUGUCACAGAAGAAGGCACUGACCAGAACAGUGUUUGAGGAGAUCCGUUCUGCCAAAGUAUAUGGCCUCGUUCGUGCCUAUGGUAUCUCUGCCGAUGCAUUCGCCCAGAAUGCGGCAGGCAGAGGACAGAGGACCUACACCGAAGACCCAUUGGAGAAUCCGGAGACUCUCGCUGACUCAUUCGUUGACGAUGAAUUUUCGACCUCUACAAACGCCUUGAAAGCCGCAAAAUCAAUGUUUGUAGAGGAACUCUUUAUGAACCCCCGAUUUCGAGCUUGGAUAAGGGAAAAUGUCUAUCGCCAGGGCGCGGUAGACUGCUUUCGUACCGAGAAAGGCCUGCGCAAGAUCGACGAACAGCAUCCCUAUUACGAAUUCAAAUAUCUGAGGAAUCAGUCGCUCGCCUCCUUCUUCCAUGAGCCGGAACUUUUCUUGAAAAUGUUGCGCGCUGAGGAAGACGGGUUGGUUGAGAUCAAGACUCGACUAAAGAAUCAAGAUUCGUUCAUCAAAACUCUCCACAAGCAGAUUGAGUCCGACAACUAUUCCAAUGUAGCGGACGCGUGGAAUGCGGAAAGAAGAGAGGUUGUGGCUCUCGCGUUCGAUAGAGUCAUCAAAUUGAUGAAUCGACUGGUCAAAGAAAAUUUGAAAGAGCGUUGUGAAGACACUGUCGGCAACUACUGUCGUGACGAACUAGGGUUGAGACUCGACCAAGCCCCUUACCAGCCAAAGGGCAUGAAGAAAGGCACCAUACCCCGCGUUCUCACCCUUACCAAUGGUGGUGGAGCUCCAGGUCGUGAUCAUAUUUAUUGGGCAUACGUUAAUGAGGAAGGCAGAGUUCUCGAGCACGGCCGCUUAAAGGAGUUGUCACCUGGCGAUUCUGAAAAAGGAUUUCCCGAAGGUAAUGAUGUGGAAGCAUUUCUUGAAGUCAUUCAACGCCGCAAACCUGAAGUUCUGGGAGUUUCCGGCUGGUCCCCUGACACAAGAAAACUUCAUGCCAACAUCACUAGUCUUAUUCAAAAUCAUGACCUUCGCGGUCCUGAAUUUACCGAUGAUGAUGAUCGGGAUCGCAGCGAGCUCUUGGAAGUCAUCCUCAUCAAUGAUGAGGUUGCAAGGAUGUACCAAAAUAGCGAUCGUGCCAAGCUUGAUCAUCCUGGUUUGGCACCGCUCUCUCUGUAUUGUGUUGCCCUGGCUCGUUAUAUGCAAAAUCCUCUGGUGGAGUAUGCCUGCUUGGGCCGAGAUGUCGUCUCGAUCAGUCUUCACCCGGCGCAGAGUCUACUACCUCAAGAAAAGCUAUGGAAGAAGCUAGAAAUGGCGUUUGUCGACAAUGUCAACAUGGUUGGAGUUGACAUCAAUGAGGCUGUAAGUGACAGUGCGGUAGCAAGCCUGCUUCCGUAUGUGAUGGGCCUAGGUCCUCGAAAAGCUCAACAAGUCCUCAAGGUCAUCAAUUUCAACGGUGGCUACGUCACUACUCGUGAAGAACUUCUUAUCAAUGACGGACAUCAAGCAAUGGCCUUCAAGGUAUGGAGCAACGCAGCAGCUACGCUGAAGAUGGACUUCGACGACACUGAACCACGUUCAGAAUAUCUUGACUCGACACGUAUCCAUCCUGAAGAUUACGAUAUUGCUCGCAAGAUGGCUGCCGACGCUCUUGAAUUGGAUGAAGAAGAUAUCGAAGCCGAAAGACAAGAGGGUGGCUCAGCUGCUAUUGUUCGUCGAUUAAUCAAGGAAGAAGCCCAGGAUCGCGUCAAUGAUCUCGUACUCGAGGAAUAUGCUGAGCAACUGGAAAAGAAUCUUCACGCCAAGAAGCGUACGACUCUGGAAAACAUUCGCGCAGAGUUAAUAGAGCCCUAUGAAGAGAUCAGAGGCCACUUCCACUCCAACCUUCGGGAAACUGAAAUUUUCACCAUGCUGACUGGCGAGACUAGAGAGUCGUUGCAAAGAGGUAUGAAUGUACCAGUCAUCCUGAAAAGGGUGACGGACAUGGCCGUAAUUGGUCGAUUGGACUGUGGACUGGAUGCAAUUGUGGAAAUGGAACAGUUUGCAGAAACUGGAAUCUCUCCAAAGCAAUUGUAUGCCGUUCAUCAAACAGUACAAGGACAUAUCACUUCAAUCAACCGCAAAGAUUUCAGCGUAACUGUGAGCCUGAGGGAAGAUCAAACCAAGAAACCAUUUGUCCGCUUCACUCACGAGGAUCGCAAUUAUGAUGAUUGGGACGAGCGAGAAGAAGCGAAAGACAGAAGGCUCUUGCAGGAGAAGACCGACUCUGGUAAUCGUAUCACUCGUGUCAUCAAGCAUCGUUUCUUCCGAGCGUUCAGCGCGAAACAAGCUGAAGAAUAUCUGGGAAGUCAAAACCGUGGUGAUGUGGUGAUACGUCCAUCGUCAAAAGGAUCCGACCAUUUAGCUGUUACUUGGAAAGUGGCCGACGGAAUCUUUCAGCAUAUCGAUGUGCUCGAAUUGGACAAAGAAAACGAAUUUGCACUGGGCAAGACAUUGCGAAUAGGUGGUAGGUACAACUACUCAGAUUUGGACGAGCUGAUUGCUCUGCACGUUGAGAACAUGGCGAAGAAGGUCGAUGAGAUGUGCGGGCAUGAAAAGUUUCAGGAUAAGUCCAAAGCUGCUCUCGAGGAAUGGCUUACAACUUACACGAAUGCAAAUCCUAAACGAUCUAUGUAUCAGUUCUGCAUCAACCGAGAAAAGCCUGGACAAUUCCAUCUUGUUUUCAAGGCUGGUCAGAACGCCAAGUUGAUGGAUUGGCCUGUCCGGGUGAUACCAUCGGGGUUUGAGCUGAUGAAACAGCCAUAUCCCACUAUGCGGGAUUUGUGCAAUGGCUUCAAACUUCUUUUCCAGAACAUGCAUCAAUCCGCAUCGAUCAGUCGGACAAUACGACGAUAG